CGGCGGCCGGGCGGGUCGAUCCCUUCGCCCCCGGCGUCUUCACAAACGCCGAUCCCUCGACGCUCGAUUAGUCGCUCCCCCGCUCUCUCCUCACCCCUGGUCGCUUGCUCCAAGGAAGAUGAGGGAGUGCAUCUCCGUCCACAUCGGGCAGGCCGGAAUCCAGGUCGGCAACGCGUGCUGGGAACUUUACUGCCUCGAGCACGGCAUCCAGCCUGAUGGCCAAAUGCCCGGUGACAAGACUGCUGGACACCAUGAUGACGCCUUCAGCACCUUCUUCAGCGAGACUGGCGGAGGGAAGCACUCUCCCCGUGCCAUCUUCCUUGAUCUUGAGCCCACUGUGAUCGACGAGGUGCGGACUGGUACCUACCGUCAGCUCUUCCACCCUGAGCAGCUCAUCAGCGGCAAGGAGGAUGCCGCCAACAACUUUGCCCGGGGCCAUUACACAGUUGGCAAGGAGAUUGUUGACCUGUGCCUUGACCGCAUCCGCAAGCUAGCGGACAACUGCACUGGCCUUCAGGGCUUCCUGGUCUUCCAUGCCGUUGGUGGGGGCACUGGUUCUGGCCUUGGAUCACUCCUCCUAGAGCGCCUGUCCGUGGACUAUGGGAAGAAGUCCAAGCUUGGGUUCACCGUGUACCCGUCUCCCCAGGUUUCCACCUCUGUUGUUGAGCCCUACAACAGCGUGCUGUCCACCCACGCCCUCCUGGAGCACACUGAUGUCUCCAUCCUGCUCGACAACGAGGCCAUCUACGACAUCUGCAGGCGCUCCCUGGACAUUGAGAGGCCCAACUACAGCAACCUUAAUCGUCUUGUGUCUCAGGUGAUCUCAUCGCUGACCACCUCCCUGAGGUUUGAUGGUGCCCUCAAUGUGGAUGUGACUGAGUUCCAGACCAACCUUGUCCCUUACCCGAGGAUCCACUUCAUGCUGUCCUCCUACGCACCGGUCAUCUCUGUCGCGAAGGCCUACCACGAGCAGCUCUCGGUGGCGGAGAUCACCAACAGUGCCUUUGAGCCGGCGUCCAUGAUGGCCAAGUGCGACCCGAGGCACGGCAAGUACAUGGCGUGCUGCCUCAUGUACCGCGGCGACGUGGUGCCCAAGGACGUGAACGCUGCGGUGGCCACCAUCAAGACGAAGCGCACGAUCCAGUUCGUGGACUGGUGCCCGACGGGGUUCAAGUGCGGCAUCAACUACCAGGCGCCAACGGUGGUGCCCGGCGGUGACCUCGCCAAGGUGCAGCGGGCCAUGAGCAUGAUCUCCAACUCCACCAGUGUCGUCGAGGUGUUCUCGCGCAUCGACCACAAGUUCGACCUCAUGUAUGCCAAGCGUGCCUUCGUGCACUGGUACGUCGGGGAGGGCAUGGAGGAGGGAGAGUUUUCCGAGGCCCGCGAGGACCUGGCGGCCCUGGAGAAGGACUAUGAGGAGGUUGGCGCUGAGGGCGCCGGUGACGACGAGGGUGAUGACGACGAAGACUACUGAUCUGCUUGCAGGAAUCGAUUUCUGUGUCUAUGAAUGUGUUGCGGCGUGGAAAAACAUUGUGGUUGCGUCUCCGGGUAUGUUUGUGUUUGCUUCUUGUCGAAUUGCUCUGGUACUACUGUCUUACUAUUGGUUCACUCUGGUUCUGUUGACCUCCUGUUGCUAGUUUACUGUCUUGAUUUGACGUUAAGUUCCGGCUGAUUUCUACAACAGUUGUUUCAAUGUGUUAUAUACCAUGUCUAUGUCGUUUGGAGAAUGAAUUAUCUUGAUUCUCAUGGGAA